CACCACCACCAGCACCACAACCAUCACCAUCACCCUCUCCCAACCAUCGAUGGGAUCCAGAUGUAAGUGAAAUCGUACGAGUUGAGCUGCUUGCAAUUGAUUUCUCCCCAGGUGUAUUUUUUUGAUCUUCGCACUCAACCUGGUCCACGAUGAGAUUGGUGGAGUUUCACACGUGUGUGCUUAUCUUCACCAUCUGCUUACCCAGCCUGAUAGGCUCUCCCAUUCCCAGGGACCAAAAAAGGAGCUUACAAACAUUUGUAGUUGCUACGGCUCAGCUGGAGGUGCUGGCAAACCAAACUCAGAACAGUGACCGUAUGAGCAAUGCCACAGAAGCAUAUGAAGAAUCGAGAGAGAUUCCUGACCCCUCAUUAGGAACGCCAACUCCAUCAGUAAGUCCUGGCAUUGGUCAGGAAGAAGCAAAGCAGCAAACCGAUAAGACAGGAGAUAAAAGUUUACUGACUACAAUCAACCUCAAUGUUGUAUUGCCCACCACACUGCUGCCAUCUCAGAAACCAUUCAAUGUCAGUGCGAACAAUAAGGAUUUGAGUGAAGAUUUGCAGCCCAAACCGAAAGAUUUGAUAACCACCUUAACUACAAGCUCCUCUUCUGAUCACGCCAAGGAGAGUGGUUCACUUAGUCCCACUGCUUUUCCAACAUUAGGAUCACUGCAGCUACACAGUGUUACAGCCAACGACAGCACAUCGACAGCCGAAGAACCAGUCAAGAUUAAGGAAAACAUGUCGUAUCAAGUCACAGCUUCAACUGCAUUCAGCCAGGUCACUAAAAACCUAAGUAGUUUGGAGACCACUUGGAUUACUGACUCAAGCACAGAAAGCUUUGGGAUGCUGAAUAGCCAUGACACUACUGCUUUACCUCUGACCAGCAAGACGGUGCUCACUGUAAGCACCGCACACAAAACUGUUUCUGUAAUGAAGUCUGAAAUGUCGGACGGCUCAGAAUUCACCACUACAAAUUCAGAGAGUCUGAGGAACAAUGAAGUGACAGCAGCAAUAACAAGUGAACCAGAAAGCAAUUACCUCGCCUGGAAGACAAUCAGCGGAAAUUCAGACAAAGACAUGAACGAAAUCAUGGCCACAACAGCAAAUGCAGUUACAGACAGCAAGGCACCCAAAACCUUCCAGGUUACCUCAACACCCAGAGUUACAACAGAGAUCAAGUUGACUAUCAACCCAGCCCAGGUCUCAUCAGACUCUACAGGGACUACAUUACCUAUAGAAACCAUGUUGAAAACAGUCCAUCCAAUGCAAGUAACCAACUCAAGGGCUAUGAGUGGAACCACUAAGAAACAACACAAGGGUUGGUCAGCAAGGCUAAUAGGAAGAACAGGGACUUCUGGUAUGAGACCUGCAAUGCCAACAACACUUCUCCCUGACAAAUCAGUCUCAGAAGCAAAUAAUGCGAUGCCCACAAAAGAGAGACCCUCUGCAAUACCCACUGAGAUGAUGCUACCCACCGCUAAGCCAGGAACUGCAAAGAUGACCGAGGAAAUGACAGCUGGAAACCCAGCAAGACAAGUCACAUCACUAAAAGCCAACGAGAUGUCUGAGGUUACAGAUCCAAUGCUCGUGCUGCUGACAACAAAUACACCAUCUGCAAGGAGCACAGUGCCACCAUCAAGUGCGCCCGAGGAGCUUGGAUCAGAAGCAAUGACCGUCUCGACUGCUUUCUCCGAGCAUGGACCAGCAGUCCCGGUUGGAAAUGACGUACACCCCUCCACUGUGGAGGAAGCAGCAAGCCCCAAAACAAUCCUAACAGCCACACGGAUGAGCCCUACGAUAACUCCAGAAACACCAGAAGUGCUCAUGACAAAACCUUCUACGCUGUCACCUGUGCUAAGGGAAAGCACGUGGGCAUCUUUAGCAGCGACCACAGCCCCAUCUAUGCAGCACCCAGAGCCACCAGCUUACACUUUGGAGACGGCAGACUCAGAAGAAGAAGAAGAUGAUGAAGAUGAAGAUGAUGAAGAUGAGGAUGAGGAAGAGGAAGAGGAAGAAGACGAGGAUUCAGAUUCGGAUGAAGACAAUGUGGAUUAUGACACUGAGGUGCCCUCCCAACUGUACAUCACGCCUGGCGGGCCCAUAACAGAUGCCAAGAACUUCACAAAAGUGGUAGAGAUGUCAUACCAGCUUCCGGACUCCUUUGAGUGGAGUCAGCACGACCAAGGUACAAAGAAUCUGGUUAGAAGCUGGCUGGAAAAAAUCAAAGACAAAGCAGGUUACAUGUCUGGGAUGCUGGUGCCUGUGGGUGUAGGAGUGACUGGGGCCCUCUUUAUCCUGGGAGCUCUCUACAGCCUCAAGGUGAUGAAUCGGAGGAGAAAAAACGGUUUCAAAAGACGUGAGGCAAAGCCCAGGGAUUUCACCAGUAUGCAGGAUCGGGUGAUGCUAUUAGCUGACAGUUCAGAAGAUGAAUUUUAAAGAGGAGGAACUAGCCUUUGAUGUGGUACUAAUGGCUGAAGCUGCACUGGAGUCAGGGGAAUGUGGGAAUCAACGCUUCUUGCUACUUGCUGCUAUUUCUGUUUCCAGUGUAUUUUUUUCUCUCUCUUUCUUUCAGUGUUGAAAGAUUACUGUGGUCACGGAUGUUCGUUGUGCGAUAUAUUAUAAAGCAUUGUUUUAAUGGUGAUAUUCAGAUUUAUUUCACAGGAACGAUCAGGUCUGUCUUUCUCGCUUGCUCUCUCUUGAUUUCACUGUAUAUCCACUCUGGAGAUUUGGAAUAAACAGGCAUCGUAACAUCAUGUUGCUAGGACGAAUAGUUUAUGAGUUGUUGUAAUUCGAAGAUUGCAAAUUUUUUUGUUACAAAUGCUCUUGUUUUUACUGUUAGUGACCAUGAUAGCAAUAACCCAAAGGGUGAUGGGAUUUCCUGAAACAGUCUUAAACAGGCGGGGUUUCAAUGUUCUUUAACAAAAAAGACCUUCUUCACCCAUUCCCAUUCGUAUUUCCGCAAAGCACAGAAUUGACGCUGUAGAUUAUUUCCUUUGAAGUGCGCUACUAUAUCAACGCAGGGAGCAAUGAAGCAAACUGUUGCUGUUCGCAGACUCGAGAGUCUUCAGCAGUAGAUGAGCUGAGAGGGCCAGCACACACAGCAUUGUUCACAAGUGAAUAUGCUCUACUUAGAACAUGGUUGAGAAAAAAUUCCUUAUUAGCUUAUUAGCUUUUUAAGAAGAAAUUAGAUAAUUAUCUGAAAAAACAGAAAUGUGAAAGAGUAAUGGAAGGGAAGGCAUGAGAGUGGGAUUAAACAGAUACCUCAUUCAGAGAAUCAGCAACCAUAAACAACAACAUCAACACAUUGCAUUUAUACAGCGCCUUUCAG